GCUGAGCCUUGUGCCAGUAACGUUCAGCUGAGAAGUUUUAACUUGUUUAGUGAAAUGUUGAGAGCUGUCUACCCCUCAGAUACACAAAAUGGAAGGGAAGGAAGGCUGCCAGAGAGGGCUUCUCACACUUUGUAAAUGUCUGCUUGAGACCGAGGAGGCCCCUUGCAGAGCUGGUUCACCUUCUUUUGUGUCCUGGUUUGAUUCCUUAUGGCUUCCGUUCUGUUGCCCCUCUCAGCCUGGCCUGUUUUAGGAAACUCAGGCUGAGAGUAUCAGCUGCGUGGUGGUAGUUGCAUUGUUCCAAUUACCGCUGUGUGUGGCCACAUCCCGACAAUUAAAAUGCAGAAAAAGAGAAAUCACCCUCUUCAGCUGCUGCUAGAGAGGGCUGGGAGUUUGCUGUUUGUCCAAAUGCCUCACUGAAAGGCUUGCAAGUGUUUUUCACUCCCUGCUCCUCAUGGCUGGUCAACCUGGAGCCUGGAGUCUCUCUAGGGCGCAGCAGGCAUGACUGGAGAGGGAGGUCCCAAUGGUGCUAGAACGGUGCUGCAGUGGCAGAAGGUGGCUCAUGAGUGAGAUCCAGGAGAACGACAGGGAAGACAUCCACCAAUCGCUCCAAAGCGUGCAAGCCAAGUCCUGGGCAGAAACAUGAUCACCCUGAUCACCGAGCAGCUCCAGAAGCAGACCCUGGAUGAGCUGAAAUGCACGCGCUUCAGCGUCAGUCUGCCUUUGCCUGAUCAUGCAGACAUACCCAACUGUGGGAACCCUUUCCAGCUUGUGUCUGAAGGUGCUUCCUGGAGGGGCCUGCCCCACUGUUCCUGUGCUGAGUUCCAGGACAGCCUCAACUUCAGCUACCAUCCCUCAGGCCUAAGCCUGCACCUCAGACCACCCAGUCGGGGAAACUCCCCCAAGGAGCCGCCCCUCUCCCAAGUACUGAGCCCCGAACCCCCAGACCCAGAGAAGCUUCCUGUGCCCCCUGCCCCUCCAUCCAAGAGGCACUGCCGCUCCCUCUCGGUGCCUGUGGACCUGUCUCGCUGGCAGCCGGUGUGGCGGCCUGCCCCCUCCAAGCUGUGGACUCCCAUCAAGCACCGGGGCAAUGCUGGAGGGGGUGGGCCGCAGGUGCCUCAGCAGAGCCCUCCGAAGCGGGUCUCCAGCCUCAGGUUCCUCCAAGCUCCCAGUGCCUCGUCUCAGUGUGCCCCAGCCCACAGACCCUACAGCCCUCCUUUCUUCAGCCUGGCCCUGGCCCAAGAUUCCGCUCAGCCCUGCGCCACCUCCCCACAGAGUGGCUCCUGGGAGAGUGAUGCAGAGUCCCUGUCGCCCUGCCCACCCCAGCGCCGCUUCUCCCUGUCACCCAGCCUGGGCCCACAGGCGAGCCGCUUCCUGCCCUCUGCCCGGAGCUCCCCCGCGUCUUCCCCAGAGCUGCCCUGGAGACCCCGAGGUCUCCGCAACCUUCCCCGAAGCCGCUCACAGCCUUGUGAUCUGGAUGCUCGCAAAACUGGCGUCAAGCGACGUCAUGAGGAAGACUCCCGGCGCCUGCGGCCUUCCUUGGACUUUGACAAGAUGAAUCAGAAACCAUACUCAGGAGGUCUCUGUCUCCAAGAAACAGCCCGAGAAGAAGGCAGCAACGUCUCUCCACCAUGGUUCAUGGCCUGUAGUCCCCCACCUCUCUCUGCUUCCUGCAGUCCCAUCGAGGGUUCAUCCCAGGUGCUGAGUGAAAGCGAAGAGGAGGAAGAGGGUUCUGUGCGGUGGGAACGGCAGGCACUGAGCAAGCGGACAUUGUGCCAGCAGGACUUUGGGGACCUGGACCUGAAUCUGAUUGAAGAAAACUAAAAGUGAGAGGCUGCUUCCUGGGCCCAUGCAGACUGUGUAAUGGCUACUAACACCUGUGAGGGCCCCAAGGCUGAGGGCCCAGCCUGGGAAAGGGGGUGAAUGGAGGGCUCCGACUCAGGGCAGCCCAAGUCUUCCUGCUCCAGCAAACUCGACCAUGCCAAGAGACUGGCCGGGACAAGAUAAAUGGAGCUGGUGGCGGGAGGGACAGCCCCAGAGCAGACCCUCCCCAUGGCGGCCCUGAGUGUGAGUAUCCCUGCCACUAAGAGCAAUGGGCAGGGAAGGAAGGGGUCUGCGACCCCAGCUCGGGGAAUUUCACUAGCCCCUUUGCUUCAAAGGGCACUUGUGUCUUAGAAUUUGGCCAGGGUGGGGGGGUUCAGUCAGCCUCCUCGGAGAAAUUGUGUGAGUGUGUGUGCGUGCAUGGGUGUGUACUUGAGGAAAGGUGCGCUGGUUUGUAUAGCCUUAGGGAAGGAAGGCAGUUGCUCCUUUAACAGCAGAGCAUCAGGAUACCCCCAGAAUCUUGUGGGGUUUUUUGUUUGUUUCCUUAAUAUAACAUUGGGCUUGUUCAAGGUGUCAAGAGGAGAGAGGUUUUUGGGUUUUUUUGUUUUUUUGUUUUUUGUUUUUGGUCUUAAUAGCUCUGGAGCCAGGCUUUUAAGUUCAUAGCAUCACUGCUCUGCAAAUGGUUCUGUUUUGGGGUCUAGCAGAAUCUUUUGAGUACUAUGAUUCCAGCUAAUGGGCUUUCCUGAAGUCCCGCCCUCUCCCACUAGAUGAAUCUAGUAUUGAGGCUUGAGGCCGUCCCCACACUUGUUUUCAUUGUCUAAGCUGUCUGCAGCCCGCCUCUCUCGCUCGCUGAGAAGCUGCAAGCAGAUGGACAACUGAGGCAGAGCUGAGGGGCUCGGGCGCUCUCCUCUUCCCCGAGGGGACCUUUCCUUUUCCGAUCUUUAAGUCAGAGACAGAGUUCCUCUCCAGACCAGCAGCAGGAGCAGUGACAUUAUUCCCUGGAAGGCCUUGAGGCCACCCCCAGCACUGCCUUUUGGAAGCUGGCUGUAGGGAAACUUACUCUUGCAAGAUCUAGGCCCGGUCUCUCUCUGAUCUGCUUGAAAAAGAGGUAGGGUGUUCAGCAUUUAAUAGUUUGCUUGUCUUCCACACUUGCCAGGAAAUGUUUAUUUGCUUCUAAUUGGCCCUGAGAGACCACAGAGAGGCUGGGGCUCACCGAGGGAUUGACUUGGGAUGUAUAAAGCAAAGGCUAUGAGAAGCAGCUGGGAGUUUGUUGUUGUUGGAUUGAAUUUCUUUUUUUGUUUCUCACCCACAACUUCAGCCAGUGCAGCAGAUCCCAGUGGUUGGAGGGAUGGACUUGACGAUUACAGUUACCUUGGUAGGGUUGGCACCUGUGGGCAUGCAUAUAGAAGCUGCCACUAUGCAGUCUGUGAGGCUUUGUUUACCCUGUAUAGCGAAAUUGGACCUGCCCUUCCCAGUUGUUAUAGUAAGGGCACUUUUCUGUUCAGUUUCCAUGGUGUCUUAAGGCCCAGUUCCUAGUGUUACGGAAGACAACUAAGAUCAUGUACUUUCUUCCUUGUGGAAUUGAGCCUGAUGUUUCAUGUCUCCCACAUGCUAAUAGGAAGACUAUAGAGGCCUCAGACUCUUUGCCUCCACUUCAGGGGAGGUGGCCAUGUCUUCUUAAACCUGUGACCCUUAGAGGUUCUGCCUUCCCAAGGCUCCUCCCUGUCUCCUGGCUAGUUACCACAUCUUACCACUGGGCUACCAGUCUCUAAGGGCCUAAGAGAGACUCUCCUGAGAAUUCAGGGAAACUGAGCCCAGGAGUUAUCGUAGGUUUCAUCUUUCCCUGGUUUUCCCUCUUUGGUCCAUAAUUUCCCUGGUGCCAGCUUCUUUUCCACCUGGGGCAUCCUCAUCCCUGGGCUCUCUGCUGCAGAUGGCAAUGUCAGCCUCCAGUAGGUCACUGGCAGUGCCAAUGGGGUCUCUGCGGGCCCCAAGUUUAAGUGAAGGCAGUGAUUCUGCCUCCAACCUGGCUUUCCCAAAGCCCUUAGGUCACCACCCUUAGGGAAGGAGGCCUACAAUUGUCAUAUUUUAAUUCCAUUACUUUAAGUCUGGAAUGUUAAACUAGGCGGAACUAUCAUCUUGCUUCCCAGUUUAAAUGCCUCUGGCCCUGGAACAAGCCUUUUCAAGACGUGAAUCAUUUGUUUUACACAGUAGAUCUGUCCCAACAGUUCUGUGUAAACCAAACGCUAUUUUUUAAUGCAUUUGGACUGCUGACCAUGGAAAGGCAGCCUAUGAUUGCUUCUUUUGUAAAGCAAGCAACUUCCCUCUACUUUAGCCAGUUUCAUCAUUUGGGUUUUCACACAGUGGGCUUACCCAGAGUGGAGCAUACCUCCGGGGCUUGUGGCUGCUGCUGUGUAGACGUCUGCAUCUGUGCUGCGUGUGUGGUGUGGCUGGCCAGCAGGUGAGUCUUACUGCGUGCGUGAGUGAAGCCACUCCCAGGCUGAUGCUCUCCUCCUGUGCCCGGUGACUGCCCAGUGGCAGCUCUAGCUGCCCUUCAUUCCCACCUGCUGCCAAAGUCCCUGUGCUAAUGGGAUUACAGAAACAAAAAGUGGAAAAAAAAUUUUCGUAAACUUUGUUUUAUAUUAAAAAAUCCAUAAGUCUGUGUGUGUUAAAACAUGAGGUUCUGCCUCUGUGGCUGUGUUUGAAAAAAUAAAGUUUUAUUAGAAUAAUCCAUUUUCCCAA